AUGGAAGGGGUGGGGAAUGUGUGGGGCAGCUGUGGCUCAGGAAGGCUCUGCCGGGCCCGGCCGGACCCCAGCCUGCUGCAAGGGCGCGUGUUGCUCACGUUACUGGAGACAGAGCUGAGGUAUCUGCCGUGCCGGAGGACCAUGGCGAAAGUGCAGAAGGAGAUUCGGCCUCACAUGCGGAGCAGGCUAGCUGUGUGGAUGCUGGAGGUUUGUGAACAGGAGACCUGUGAGAAGGAGGUGUUCCCUCUGUCCAUGAACUACUUGGACCGCUUCCUGACUGUGAUGCCAUUGGAAAAGUCCAGGUUCCAGCUGCUGGGGGCCGCUUGCUUACUCCUGGCAUCGAAAGUCCGUCAGACCAACCCAUUGCCUGUGGAAACCUUGUGCACCUACACGGCGCACUCGUCCCGGCCGGAGGAUCUGAGGGCGAUGGAGUUGCUGCUCUUGGACAGGCUGCAGUGGCACCUCGGCGCGCCCACGCCGCAGGAGUUCGUGGAGCAGUUACUCGAAGUGCUCGGAGCGCAGGCGGCUGGGGAGCGGCUGAUCCGCAAACACACGGACACCUUCAUCGCGCUCUGCAACACAGACGCUGAGUUCGUGUCGUUGCCGCCUUCGGUGAUCGGUGCCGCCAGUCUCGCCGCCGCCGUCUGCGGCCUUCGCCUGUGUCUGCCGGGGAUUCCUCCAGGACCCCAGGUGCUCACCGACCACCUCGCCCGUUCCAUCCGCUGCGAUCCGGAGUGUGUGAGGACAUGUCAGGAGCAGCUCGAGGUCUCCCUACACACCCGCCUGAGACAAGCAGCCCCCCAAACUCUCCCCCCGCCAAAGUCGGAAGAACCGGAACGUUCCAGGACACCCACAGACAUCCAGGACGUGAACUUGUGA